AUGACAGAGAUGCUCCUAAAAGCACAGAAGUAUAUGAAUGCUGAAGACGCUUUAGCAGCCAUAAGGGAUGUAGAGAAGCCUGGAGAAAAAGGAAGGAAGGACGACAAGCGUAGGGGACAAAAGAGGGAGCGUCCAGAUCAUCGGAACAAUGACAGGAACAGAAGAAAAGAAGAUAAAGGUCCUCGGACGGAUGAGCACUUCCUCAAAUGGCUGAGACCAUUACACUCAUCCCCUAACGUCCGUGAUAAGAAUAAGUACUGCCGAUUUCACCAAGAUCAUAGCCACAACACAGAAGAUUGUAGGGACCUAAAGGAGCAAAUAGAGGAGUUGAUACGGAAAGGGAAACUACAGAAAUAUGUGAAGAAGGGAGAAUAUAGUAAGUUCAAAGACGGCAAUAAAAGCCAGCAUGAGUCCUCUUCCAGGAAUGGCGAUUGUCCGUUCCAACCUCCACAGGAUGUGAUCGGGGAGAUAAAGACGAUUACAGGAGGACCUUUCACAGGAGGGUCAUUCAAAUCCCUCAAGAAAGCAUGCCAAAGACAAGUGAAUAGCAUCCACAUGAUACCUCCGUUUAAGCAGAAACGAACGAACCAGGAUAUGUCCUUCAAUGAAGUGGAUGCCAGGGGAGUGAAGCAGCCUCAUAAUGACCCUUUGGUUAUAAUGCUAACUAUAGAAGGAUUCAACACCAAAAGGAUCCUCAUGGACAACAGUAGUUCCGCAGACAUUAUCUACCUCUCUACUUUCUAG